UUUUGUUUUACCUGUCUCGUUUCCAUAAGUUCGGCAAUAGCUUCUUCGUAAUUCUCACCAUCUUCGCUAUAGUGCUCUAGGAUAAAGUCCUGAAACAUGAAUAUAUUCAUAUCAUUGACGUCCCAUUCACACGUAAUUAUUUUUGAUGAACGAAACUUUAUUCUUUUUUCUUUUCUGUUUUUAUCCUCGAUUCGAUACAGACGAAUACAUUUUUAAGAGCAACGUAAGUUAAAUUCUAAAUAAGAAUUUAAACUUCUUAAAGGGAUUGCCAAUCGAUUGUUAUCUGAAUGGUUUAUUAAAUCGAUAUUUACGUAGCAACCAAAACAAAGUGCGACAACAGCGUUUCAUCAACGUUUAUCGAAGUUGUAACUUCUUGGAAAAAUACAGAAAAAAAAUAGAGAUUUUCUAAGAGGAAAAAUGGUACGAAUCACUAUUGAUCUGAUACGUAAACGUUCAGAGCAUAACGAGGGCGAGAUAUCAACUUUGGAAGAAAUAUCGUUGCAUCAGGAAAACAUCGACAAGAUCGAGCUUUUAGACAAAGUUUGUCGAAACUUAAAAAUAUUACUUCUACAAUACAACAUCAUACCCAAGAUCGAAAAUCUCAAUAUGUUAAAGAGAUUGGAGUACUUGAAUCUCGCAUUGAACAAUAUCGAAGUUAUCGAGAAUUUACAGGGUCUCGAAAGUUUGAAAAAGCUGGAUCUUACGAUAAACUUUAUCGGUGAUUUGAGAAGCGUCAAAACUUUAAGAUAUAACGAGAAUUUGGAACAGUUGAUGCUGACGGGAAAUCCUUGUACGGAUUACGAGGGAUACAGGAAGUAUGUAAUUUCAACAUUGCCACAGCUUAAAGAGCUCGACAUGGUUGAAAUUCUAAGAUCAGAACGAAUAAAGGCUUUGCAAGUAUACGCCCGAGCAAAGGGAGACGUUAUCAGAGGUUAUGAGAAUUAUAAAAAGAUAAGAGAGGCUCAGAUCAAACAAUUUCGCGAAAAAGAAAAAUUAAAAAUCACGGAAAUAAAGGAGAACGAAGAUGAGGACGCGGAAAAUGAAAGAUUUUGGAAACAAAAGAGUUAUCACACGCCGGAAGAUCGGAUUGCGAUCGUGGAACAUUCGUUAAAAGCGGAAGAGAAGAAACAUGGAAUUUCGGAUGAAACGAAAAAACAAAAAUUCGUGCCGAAAUUGUUCAGUCCAUGUGGCAAGCCUUAUAACAUGAAUCAUCCGAAAGUACCGUUUAUAUUAAACGACGAGGACGAUCGGGAUAACGUGAUCUUGGACGUUGGAGUUUACAGGUACCUCGACACGUCUUACAUAGACGUCGACAUUCAACCAACAUACGUGAGGGUGACGAUAAAGGGUAAAAUUUUGCAACUAACUCUACCUUGCGAGAUUCUCGUCGAUAAGAGUAGCGCAAAACGGAACGUAACAACCGGUAGUUUGGUUAUAACGAUGCCUCGUUUACAUCCUUCAAUGACGUUACACGGAACCUCGAUUACCUCAAGGACCACGAAAAAUGAAAAUCCUACGAAGAAAGAUAAUGCUGUGAUCAGCAUAAAGAAUCAAAUAUUCACGUCUACGCGAGAAUUUCUCGAGAUCGGGCCACCGAGAAUCGACGAGCUUGAUUUUUCUAAGAUAUUUGAAAAUUCGAGGAAGAAAGUUAAUAGAAAGCUAACGGUUGAUCAAAUCAAAGAGAAAGUCAUACCCGACGAUUUUAUCGAUAAUCCUGAGGUCCCACCGCUCGAAUGACGAAGAAAAUUCUUUUACGAUUAACAAUUGAAUUAAUUGUUUCGUUAGAUUAGAUUUGAUCGUUAAGUUAAAUACUCACUUUGAAUGGAUCGCGAAAAUCUAUAUCCUUGGUUUCUUUUAAACCCAAAGGUAUCAUUGGCAUCACAGGAUCCUCUCUGCAAAAAAAAGAAA